AUGGAAAAAGCUGUCAAGGGAUGCAUCGAUGCCUGCCAACGAGCUGGCAUUCAUAUUGAAGUAGAAGAAACCAGAUGGGAAGGCCAUCGUCACAGAGCAACGCACAGCAAAGACAAAACUCAAGAUACAAACACCGUUACCGAACUCCACCCUGGCAGGACCGAUGUCGACAAAAAAUCGGGAGAGACGGAAAAUAAAACUAAAAAUGACCGCCGUGAAAGCUUAAAGAGCGUAGAUACAGGGUACGGAAGCCUGAGUCAUGAGGAUGAUGACGGUGAUGAGGAGGAGAGAAAGAAUAUUGUGGUUCCCCAAUGCGAUGAAAGCUGUUCUCUUGCCAAUUAA